UCUAUCUUUAUACAUGUACGUUAUAUACACACAUUUCGAUAUCAAUGCUACCAAUAUUCGGAAGUUAAAAUGUAGUUAAGCUGUAUUUUAUUGCCGAGUUAUUUGAAAAAAAGUUCACUAAUUGAUAAAUAAUUGAUCUUAUUAUGAUUAACUUGUAAUAUAUUAAUAUAUUAAAUUUAUUAUAAUAUAUUAUAUUUCGUUUGCAAUGUUAAUUUCAAGGUUAUUAGAACAAGUUUAUAAAAAAUUAUUUCAUGUACAGAAUAAAACAAAAAGAGGUGUACAAUCUGCUAAAGAUGUAAUUUUGAGUGGUGGAAUUAUUAUUAUUAGUGGUAUUCUCAUUGUUUGGUUAUCUGCGUUUCUUUACACGGCAUUUUAUUAUGCCUAUAUACCAAACCUCUCAUUUGUACGACCAGUACAUCUACAAUUUAAGUCAUGUAAUGAAGAAAGAGGAAUUUGUAGCAAUCCAUCGGCAUUUGUGCAAUUAACAAAUAAACAACAAAUUUUAAUGGUUGGACAACCAUAUAAAAUUAAUUUGCAGUUAGAGAUGCCAGAAUCACCAGCUAAUAAAGAACUUGGUAUGUUCAUGGUUUGUGCUGAAUUACGCAGCAGAAAUAGUUUUCUUGUAGAACAUACAUGUAGGUCUACUAUGUUACAUUAUCGUAGCACAUUAUUACAUGCCCUUACAACAUUUACAUUUUCACCUAUGAUGAUUUUUGGUACUACAGAAGAAAAACAAAAUGUAGUUCUUGAAUUAUUUGAUUAUUUUAAAGAAGACCAGAGUCAUCCAGUUACAAUUAUUUAUGUUGAAAUACAAUCAAGGCACAUCGAAUUCUACUCUGCAAAUAUUAUGAUAAAUGCACAUUUAUCGGGUCUACGUUAUUUAAUGUAUCAUUGGCCAAUUUUAUCUGCUAUUGUUGGUAUUGCUACAAAUUUGUUUUUCAUAGCACUUGUAUGCAUUCUUUCGUAUCUUCAUUUUACUACCUAUGAAGAUUCUGAAGAUGAUGAUUUCAAUUAUGAAGAAGAUAAAAAGAUUGAAGAAAAACAAGAAGAAGGCGAACAUAAAGUCACAAAUGAUCAAUCGGAAGAGAUUGCUACAUCUUUUAUAAUACCACGUGUUCAAGACUAUUCAUCUGAUGAAGAACCUCAAUCCUCUCACAUUGAAAUAGUAAAAUAAUUUACAUUCCACAAUGCAGUACAUUUUGAAAUUAAUUACAUAAUAAUAUAAUGCGUGUACAGAUAUAGUUUAUAGCUAUAUGUAAAAAAAAUAUUUAUUUUUCUAUACUUCAAAUACUUUAUUUGCUUUUGUUAUUA